AUGUCGCUCCACAACCAUAUUUGCGGCUGCUACUUUACACUCAACAACUACCGUCGGAAAUAUCUGCCUCAGAUUCGCCUGGAGUCGCACACAACAAUCAGCCCCGUGGCCUUCACGACUGAGCUCACACAAACUUUCUACAACCCCACCAGUGAAUCAAUCAAGUCGCUAAGAUACGCAUUCCCGCUCUACGAUGGAGUCGCAGUGAAUGGAUACAGCAUCAGCUACGACAACAAGACCAUCGUCGGCGUGGUGCAACAAAAUGAAGAUGCCAGGCAGACCUUUCAGGCAGCAGUCGAUCGAGGGGAGACCGCCGGCCUCCUGGAAUCGUUGCCUGCGGGUGUGUUUGGCGUUACGCUUGGGAAUGUUCCCGCGAACGCGGAGAUCGUGGUCGAACUCACAUACGCUGGCGAGCUGAAGCACGAUGCUUCGAUCGACGGACUACGAUACAAUCUGCCGACAUCGAUUGCGCCCCGAUAUGGAUCCUACCCUGGAGAGCUGCUACAGUCAGAUGCCGUCAAUUCAAGAGGCAUCAGCAUCACCGUCGACAUCGACAUGGGGAAGUCUGCGAUUCGGCGAGUACAAUCGCCGUCCCACCCAAUCGCACUUUCUAUGGGCGAGUUGUCGACAAGCGCAAAGGAUAGCAAAAACCCACCGCCCUUUUCGCCAUCGCAAGCUUCGGCAGCAUUGACACAAGGCACGACAGAGCUCUCUGGCGACUUCAUUCUCCAGCUGCUGAUCGACGACAUCAGCAAGCCCCAGGCGAUACUCGAAGUGCACCCCACGCUGCCAGCUCAACGAGCGAUCAUGACCACGAUGGUGCCGAAGUUCACACUGGAACCGGCAUACCCCGAGAUCGUUUUCAUUGCCGAUCAAUCAGGCAGCAUGUCAGGCGCGAAGAACGUAGCCCUUGUCAAAGCCCUCAAGGUCUUCCUGAAAUCGUUGCCUGUUGGCGUACGCUUCAACAUUUGCGCAUUCGGCAGUCGACACGAGUUCCUCUGGCAGACAUCACAGGCGUACAGCGAGGCAAACGUGAAGACGGCCUUGUCGUUCGUUGAAAAACUCUCAGCAAGCUAUGGCGGCACAGAGAUCUUUCCGCCGAUAGAGGAUACCUUUAAGCGACACCUCAAGGACAUGCCUCUUGAAGUCAUGCUCCUUACCGAUGGCGAGGUCUGGGCCGAGGAAAGACUCUUUGGCUUCAUCAACGACCAGAUUAGGGAGAAGAAGGUCGACGCUCGUGUCUUUGCGCUGGGAAUUGGGCAGGACGUGUCGCACACUCUCGUCGAAGGUGUAGCCCGUGCCGGGAAUGGCUUUGCUCAAUUCGUCACGCAGAAUGAGGAUACUGAUCAAAAGAUCAUACGUAUGCUCAAGGGUGCCUUGUAUGCACAUACGAAGGACUAUGAGCUCGAGGUUCACUAUGCCGAUGAAGAGAAGAUGCAAGAGGAUGAUGACUUUGAGAUCGUGGAGAAGGUCAACGAUUGCCUGGUGAUCAAAGACCAACCUCCUGGAGAGAAAGCGCCGCCUGCGGAAGUGAAACCACAAUCAUUCUUCGACACCUCCGCGGACCUCGACAAGCCGGCCGACAAACCCCAAGGAGCGGACAGGUAUGCUCAUCUCCCAACAAUCGACGAGCCCAAGGUUCUACAAGCACCCGCCGACAUCCCGCCACUCUUCCCCUUCAACCGCACCACAGCAUAUCUCCUCCUCGGCCCAGACUCCGCGCAAAAAGAUGUCAAGUCAGUCACGCUACGAGCCAAGUCGCCACAGGGCCCACUGGAGCUGAACAUCCCCAUUCAAGGUGUUCAAUCUGGUACAAGCAUCCACCAGCUAGCGGCCAGGAAAGCUAUACAAGAACUGGAGGAAGGCCGUGGCUGGUUACAUUUUGUGACUGUGCAAGAUGCAAAUGGAGAGGUUGGGAUCAAGAAAAAGUAUGAGAGUCGUUUUGACGAGAUUGUGGAAAGGGAAGGAGUUCGUCUCGGAGUGAAGUUCCAAGUGGCGAGCAAGUGGACUUCUUUCGUUGCGGUUGAGGACCACGAGAAUGAGACAAUGCAGGAGGAGCAACCCCACUGGGAAGACGCUCAGCAACAGAGGUCGUACCAGCCCGAAGCAUAUCCAGCAAGCGGAGGACUCUUUGGUCAGGCACAGCAACAGCAGCAACAGCAGCAGCAGCAGCAGCAGCAGCAGCAAGCAUACGGAUCAGCGGGAGGCCUCUUCGGCACACAACAAGCCAUGGGACAGAGUAACACCAUGAACUUCUCUGGUGGGAGUCUCUUCGGGAACGUGGCCGCCUCUACUCAAGCUGGAUACGCUCCUCUAUCGGUGGACGCCCUGCCAGGACAAAGCUCACUGUUCAGCGCCGCACCACCAACCCAGCCCAUGAUGGCGAGGAGAAUGGCUCCAACAGCAUUUGGAAGCGCUUCGUCUGCAAGUACAGCCUCUUCAUCGGGAGGUGCAGGUGUCUCACGCUUCCUGCGAGAGGAGGAAGAGGACGAAGACGAGGACAUGGGCUACGGUCUCUUCGAUGCCCCUGCUACUGCAGCUGCUGCUUCUCCUCCUCCACCGCCAGCCCGAAAGAGAAAGUCCACAAACAACCCCCUCCACGACCUCAUUGACCUCCAAACCUUCUCUGGCUCCUGGUCCUGGAACGAAGACGUCUUCGCCGCCGCUGGGUUGGACGUCAACACUGUGGACAUCUCCAAACUUGACAAAGACCCGGAUGUCGCUGCCACAGCGCUGAUUGUGGCGUAUUUCGAGACGAAACUGGCGGGGAAGAGGGAUGUCUGGGAGAUGGUAGUGUCGAAGGCGAGGAGUUGGUUGGCUGUGCAGCUGGGAGGGAAGGGGAAGGUGGAUGAGGUGAUGAAGGAGGCGGUGAGAGUUAUUGAGAGGAAUUAG